CAUCAAAUAGGUCAUCGAAAAUUCUAGAUGAGUCUACAAUCCUGAGAGAUGCAGAAAUGCAGAUCCGGUGCUGAAAGAAUUGAAUUGAUUUCAUUCAGUGGUUUCCGAGAACGUUUGAACGUUGCGUAAAGGCAAAACAGCUUCAGUAAAUAGGGUGUUUAUGUGUGUGAGUUAGUGCACGAUUCAGUGAGCAAAAUGUGUUGUUCUGGAGGCGCAAGCGGUUCGAGGAUGACCCGAUGUGGGGUAGUUUGUGGUCUAGCAGCGUUGGCAGCACUCACCACUGCCCUCCUCGGGCCAGCCUGGCUUCAUACUGAGGAAAAACUAUCGCUUCCCCAUCUGCCGCGACAGUUCGCCGUUACCGUCAGAUUCAAGCUUGGCCUGUUCAAAGUAUGCCCGAAGAUCGUCAAGCCACCCAAUAUAACUAUACACAUACCAACACCCUCAUGCACCCGUGUGAGGUACAACAGUCUUGCUGAGGUGACAUCGAAGGAGUUGGGCUUUAGUCAGCUGAGCUUCAGUGAACUGGAUUUUACACCCCUAGUUGUGUCUAAAAUGAGGAUAUCUGCACCCUUCCAAGUAGCAGCAGUUAUUCUCAUCCUGGCAGGGACAUUCUGCGCCCUCAUAGGUCACUGCUACGCUGAUCACAAGACAGUGAUCGCGUGUGGACUUUUCCUUCUCGGUGGUCUUUCAAUGGGAUGCGGACUGAUUGUUCUGGCAUCGGCACUGUCCGACGCUUCCUACGAGUCUCCCAAGAGAUACAGCCUUUCAUCAACAUCGAACAACUCCGAGGACAGUGGCCUGCCCCAGUAUCACUACGGCUGGUGUUUGCAACUUUCUGGGCUUGCUCUUAUCCUUGCGGAAAUCGCUGCACUUCUCACAGUCUCCGGCUACAUGGCACGAUUUCCCACAGUCGAGGACAUGGUACGAGUCAUGGUGCCUGGAGCAGCUAGAAAAUUGAAUGAGCAGCGUGGAUUAUCCUCGGAAUAUCUCGUUAGAGCCCCUCAGAAGUCUCCCAACGCAACUCGAGCAACAACGUUUGAUGAGCCAAGCAAAGAUGUUAUUCUGGGGCCCCAGAGAUUGACUGAGGAGGGCACGUCUUUGCUUUGCAAAUCAGCCCCUGAUAUAUGCGCAUCCAAUCCUCAGGUAAUCAGUUACGUGGAGAAGGCAGAUUUGUCCCACAUUUUGCCGGCUUAUCCAGACACCCACGUCGUGGAUCCUCGUUUCGCGUUCGCCGAUAAGUCAGAGCCGGGGGUAGUUGACUCCCAACUGAGUGGUUUCGUCGAUAAAGAGGGACUCAUCGACUCUAGAAUUUUAUCCGACUCGAGACAAAACAUUAUUGCCUCUACCGAAAGUAAGGAACACUCGGUCGGACAAGAGCCGAGGUACAUCGAAUUUUGCACUGGUGUUAGAGUCGAAAAGUGUUCAAAUGAUCUCAUGAAUCAUUCUCCUAAUAUCACAGCUAUAUCUGAUGCUAGGCACGUAACAUAUGCUGAUACAAAUCUCAAGCCCGAGACACUCAUGGACAGUCCGAUGAGUUACAAUCGGUACAAUUCCUUAGCUGGGCAGACGGUACCGAUUAUACUGAAGCAUCACAACAGUCCUUCCAUCUCGGCCAUUCAGGCCCAGGGAAUGUAUCAGAACUUUGGGACUAUCAGUUCUGGCAAUGUUCACCCUUCUGUUAUGCACUCAGGAACUAUCCACUCGGGAAUUCUCAGAGUAUCAGAACCUGGAACGAGUUCCAGUUCGAAUUCUAGUCAGCGCAGCAUGACCCUGCAGAACCCCAAGAGAAAAUCCCAAAUUGCCCAGAAUACUUUCAGCACUCUUGAAUGCGAAAAGAGAAAGACACGCAAUCCUGGACUCUCUGGUAAAGCUGGAUUCUAUACUGGCAGUGCCGUAUGACCACCACCACCGCCUCCAACUCCGAGAUAACUUGAUGAGACUGAAUCUGAACUUUAAAGCUUUUACCUUAAAUCGUGAUGGGUGGUUUAUCCUUGGCGGUGGUUUGUCUCGUGGAUCGGCGGUUGAUAACUUGUAUCGUGUAAAAUCAGUCUCGUGAAAUGGCGAGGCACUGCUAAUUGCAGAGACUUUUUGAUGAUAAUAAAUAUUGUUACGAAGCAUGUGAUAAACUAGAUGCGACGACUGGAAGGAAUCGUAACGAGUGUACAUAGGCAAUGAUGUACAACGCAUCGAGGAAAGUAACUGUGAACUCACUAAAAAUGACACUUUUGUAUUACAGAAGAAUCAAUAAUUAGAUGUUGGAUAUUUUGACUGUAGACGGAAUGGGUGGAGGAUCAGCUAUAUUCAAUGUGAAAUAAUGCAAUAAAAACUGCGAAAAAAAAUGUCUAAACAUCAAUGUCAAAACAAUAAAAUGUGGGUGAUGAAUGUUUAGUGAUGGAGUGGAUGAUUUGUGAAUUCAUAUUAUAAAUAUUAAAUAAUUGUUCAUUGUGAAACUGACGAACAUGAUUGAUUAAGUCGACGGAUUAGAUUUAAAAGGCAAAUGUUUAAUACUCCAACCGCUAAGACAAUACUAAAUGGAUUCCUACAAAUCGAUCAAUACAGGACGAUAAUUCAAAUCCCGGAACAUAUCAGAAAGGAGCGAUAAAAAUAAUUGGAGGACAAAAUAUUUUACGGCCAACAUUUUUGAGACUGGGUAAAUGCUGCUCUUUUCAAAUUUUCUUCUUUUCUAUUAUGUUCGCACUGCCCCUGAUUGUGUAUAACGAAUAAUGUAUGAUUGCAUUUUGUUACUAUGCAAACGUCGUUAAAAGUUGAAGUGAGAUAUUAGAAAUCGAUGAGUAUCUGAGGCUGCAUGAA